UGUAGUAUUGUUGAUGUGCGUCUUCUAAAAAGAAUAGUGAAAAGGUUUAAGAUACAAGAAGCUGAAGAGAUCAUUGAAAAGUAUGAAGAAAAAGCUGCUACAUUUUGCAAGGAUGUAUCAAUCAGUUUAUGCCUUGGGGAGAAGUUACAUGUGGUUGCUGUUCCAUCGAUUCUCAAGCGAGAGGAAGUUACCUUCAUUUUUAAUUGGAAUCCAGAUGAAUCAACACUGCAAGAUGUUAGAGCUGUCCUUGAGAUGCUAGAGCCGUUGCAUAUUUUUUUAAUAAAGUUGGAUAUUGGCCAGUCAGUUGUUGCCACCUGUCACUGUCCUGCUGAAUGCAUCAGUGUACUUAUAAUUACUGUCCAUAAAAAGUUAUUCAUACUACAAAAAAGAGGAUUGAAGGAAUUUAGGAUAGCUCAAUGUGCUAUAUGGGUUGACACUACUCUUGAGAUAACAAUGGCUACCGGCAGUUUCAAAGAAACAGCCAAAAUGGGCAUAAAAGAUGAAGAAGAAAAACUUGAAGCUAGUAUGACCAUGCUGCCUGAAGAGGUGUCUAAAAAAGAUAAAGCUGAACUGAAUCCAGAAAAAGAGGCAAAGUUCCAGUCAAUGCAAGACACCAUAAUUAUUGAUUCUGAACCAUGGCGGCAAAUAAAAUAUGUACCAAGAGAAGUUUUGAUUAUUGGAUCAUUUGGAAAUCAUGACGACUGGCCUCAGCAACAGCAUGAAUGUUCAUAUUUAUCAGAACAAUGGAUGCUAGAAACUGCUGGUAUUAUCGAAAAGUAUUAUUUGAAAAAUACAAAAGAUUAUCAACUUCAUGAAAUACCAGAAAGUGAGCAAACCAAAACAUACUACAUGGAAUGUAUUUCAAAAAUAUUUAUCAACUGCAAAAAAGAUGGAGUCAUUAUUUAUUACACUGGUCAUGGAGAGAAGGACACUGGUAACUGGUGUUUUAAAGAUGGAGUAAUAUCAUUUAAUGACAUCUUUAAUUUAUUUAAAGAGCACCUUCAAAAAAAAGGUUUGUCGUUAACAGUAGUAUCAGAUUGCAGCUAUUCUGGUAACUGGAUCUAUGAUUGUGCCGAUCGUUUAGACAAGAUGAAGAUUCCUUCUUGUGGGCACCAUACCAGAGAAAAUAAUAUUCUAAUUCAAGUUGUUGCUUCCUGUCAACAUAAUGAGGAAGUUACUGCUAGUUAUGCCAAGGAAGCUGUUAAUUAUAUUGAAGCAUCGCAAGUUGUUAAGUUUAAAUAUGGUCCUGAUACUGUAUUAUCAUCUGGGCAAAAACCAAUGGGAGCUGAUUUUAGAACUAUUCGUUGUGAUAAAGAGCCAUGUGAAGUAGAUGCUAUAUGCACUUGGAAUGAUUACGUCUCUAAUUACUACUCUGAGCUCAUUGCUUUUUCUACUUCCCUUGAAAAAGAAGCAGACAGGUACUGGCACAUUGCUGCAAUUGAAAAAGAUGAAAUAAAGAGCUUCAUUGAAGAAUUAGCUAAUGGAAAAAUUAAUCGGAAAAUCAUAAAAUCACACCGUGGUAAAACACUCCCAAAAGAGAUCAGUCGAGAGGUUUACCUACAAACAGGCAAAAUUUUGAAACAUAGCCAAUUUGAGUAUAUACUAUAAUGCUGUUUUUUAAUGUGUCUAGACUAUACUUUUAAAAUUGCUGUAUAAAAAAUUUAAUAAUAA